AUGUCCGAGAUCAAGAACCAAGAGAACGGCUACCAGGGUGGUGCUCAGCCCAUGCGAGCUCUCACGCCCGGUGGACACCCUCAGGACAGCUCGCAGCCCGCCUUCCCCGUCUACCACCGCAAGUUUGCCAACCCUGCCCCUCUCGGUCUGUUCGGUUUCGCCGCGACGACCUUCAUCCUGUCGAUGUACAACGUCAAGGCGCGCGGUGUGACCGUUCCCAAUGUCGUCGUUGGUAUGGCCAUCGGAUACGGUGGUAUCGCUCAGUUCCUUGCGGGCAUGUGGGAGUUCGCAGCGGGUAACACCUUCGGUGCUACUGCGUUUGCCUCGUACGGUGCCUUCUGGUGGUCGUACGCCAUCAUCCAGAUCCCCUGGUUCGGCGUGGUGGAGGGCAACUACAACCCUUCCGGUGUGCCCGAGGCCCAGGUCGCAAACGCCCUCGGCAUCUACCUCGCCGCCUGGUUCAUUUUUACUUUUAUCAUGCUCCUCGCCUCGUUCCGCUCCUCGGUCGGUCUGGUUUCGCUCUUCUUCUUCCUCGACAUCACCUUCUUGCUGCUGUUCAUCGCCGAGUUCACCGGCAAGGCCAUGAUCCAAACCGCCGGCGGCGCUUUCGGUAUCCUCACUGCCGCUAUUGCUUGGUACGUCGGUGCCGCUGGUUUGCUCACUCCCGACACCAGCUUCUUCACCUUGCCCGUCAUCGAGCUCUCCCGCCGAGACUAA